CAACAACGUACCGUUUUAUAGGCGAAGGUUUACAGGAACAGAGUGCAUUAAAAAAAAUACCAGUGUGAUGUUUCAGUGAUAACAAACAGCAAUUAUGCCACCUUAUUAAUAUGAUUAGUAUUAGAGGUGACUGGGUACCAUACUUAAGACCCCAAAAAACUGAUAGCACUAUUCACUACAACCCAGUAAUACGAAGUCCACACGAUAGCAAGCAUUUCAACUUUUGCAUUCCACUCAAAAUAGAAUUUUCUGUCCUCGUUGACAAAGUCGUGGGUUUUGCUGCUCAUUGUCAUCGUCUGGUCCGUUAAUGAAACCUACAAAUAAUAUUUGAUGGAAGAAAUCACUUUCCAGGGAGGAUUGUAAAAUUGACUGUUGUCGAGGGAGAUAUUUUUCUUCAGCCGUGACUUUUUUGGAACUGUGAAAGAAAAAAAAAAUCAUCGCAGGAUGGGGGCUAUGCUUGGGAUUCAGCCCGUGGAUUGUACACAAAAUGGAACGAUAGACUGGAAUAAAGGAUCACUUACAACUGAACUAGCCAAGUUUCCAAUCUUCACCUUGGUAUUUGUCUAUUCCUCGAUUGCUGCUAUCGUCAUCCUGUUUUUCUUCUUCGAGGCAGCGCUCUUCACAGCGACGAGGGUACCUCGGUCCUCGGUGGCCAACCAUCGGAUCAAUACCGUCAUCAUGCUGUCUAUAUACCCCUCAUUUAUCAUUUGGUCUUUCCCUGCCGUCCUUAUUCCUUCUGCUGCUCAAUUUUGUAUGCUUCUCGCAGACCUAUAUUACUCGUUUGUCAUGUUCAAGUUUGUGGUGUUGCAAGUGGACUACUACGGAGGGCACCGUAAAAUGAUGGCCCGCCUCGCCGCAAGCAAGGUUAUGUUUAAUAUCAACAGUCCCGUGCUGUGCUGUUUGUGCUGCUUCAAGCCAGUCCGUCUAACUAAGAAUAGUUUCUUCGUGAUUAAGUUUCUGGUUCUACAGAUUGCAAUCCUCAAACCCAUCCUGACUUUCUUCCAAGCUAUUGCUAGCUUUGCAGGAUUGAAUUUGGUGGGUACCGGUGGACUCGUCCUUCAGGUCGUAACAGUCCUAUCCACCCUGACGGCAGCUACCGGUAUCAACAUGAUAACGAAGGCAACGAGCAGCACCGACCUGGAGAAGUACGACUUGAAGGGGAAGGCGGCCAUGAUGACCGCUGCACUGAUGAUGAUUGGCCUGCAGAGCGCAAUCAUCAACGUCGUCACCGUGUUCAGACCGCUCGGAUGCACUGUGCCAUUCCCUUCCUCUGUCAUCAGUUCCCAGUGGCAGGCAUUUCUCCUCAUUCUGGAGUCAACUCUCAUGAUGAUACCGAUGCUUCGGUAUUACCGGACAGCGGACGGUAACGUUGUAGGUGUUCCCCCGCCCAUCGAAGACGAAGAGGAGGAGGCAACAUCGGGUCUGGGUAAAAUGAGGCAAUGGGUGCGCCGACACACGCUCAUGUAGACAGACGUUUUCGGUUGAAUCCCUGCUUUGACGUCACAUUAAAGGCUAUACAUGGUCUGCCAUUUUCUAGUCAAACGAUCGGGUAUAAUCUUGAGCAUGUCCUUCUGGAGCACAGUCUAAAAUGCAUACUACACACAGUACAUGCAAAACACACUGACUCUCCCAAAACAACACAACCAGGGCCCAAUUUCAUGGCUCUGCUUACCGUAAGCAAAAGGAUCGGCGAUUACAGAAGCAGUGAAUGUUGUGCUUACGUCAAGCGUAUUUCACGGGUUAGAGGGAAAUUUCGGCUUGUGGCAUUCUACGCAGAAUUCGGCGCUUGCACGUAAGCGGAGAAUGUUGAUCGUAAGCGCAGAAUUCGGCGGUAAGCAGAGCCAUGAAAUUAGGCCCAGGUUAUUUGGUGCCGAUGACGUCAUUAGGGUUGGGUCUAAUUAGGAGAUUUUUUUGCACUUGACCUCUCAACAAACAAUCUCCUAAUUAACCCAACAACCCAACUGACGUCAUCAGCACCAAACAGUUGCGCCAUUUUGGGUGUCACUGUUGGUUAUUGUCGAUCGCACCCCCUCUUACGGACACUAUUCUCACUCUGUAGUAUUGUUGAAUUAUUUUCAGUAUUUUAUAAGUUAAGUAAAGACAGAGAGGAAGACUAAGUAGUUUACACUUUAACUGUGACGAAACUUGAAUGAAACAAACAACACACGGGGGUUUUCGCAAAACACCUUUUUGUGUUCGAAACUUCCAUGUGCUUUUAAUUAAAGAUGUACAUCUUCAUUCGAGAUUUUCUUUUUACAAUUUCCACUGGUAUCAAAAAUACUAGUAUUUGAAAACAGGAAAUUUAGUCACCAGGCCUUAUUUUUCUGUAUUGAUUGGUUUAUCCGUCCCGUGUGAUUUUUAUAAAUUAAUUUGAAUUAAUUAUAAUAUUUUCAUUGUUGUACAAAUCCUUCGAUGGCAGUUUUUCGUACUUUUGUAUUUCCUUGACAGCUCAAGUUAUUCAUUACAUAUCUAGCCUUAAGAUUUUAAAUAUAUAACGAUGAACAGAUAAUUACUGUUGUCAAAAUUGAUUUGUUUUUACAUUAUAACCGGUAGAUCAGUGAGAUAAUUGCAAACUUUCAUUAAACAUCAUG